AUGUUCCAGUCAAAGGUCUCCGGAGUGCAGGUGCUCGGCAAAGUUGUCGGUGACCAAGCCGACAUUCUGACACCCGAAGCGCUGACAUUCGUGGCCAAGCUGCACCGGCUGUUCAACCCCACGCGCAAGCAACUGCUCCAGGCGCGCGAGGACCGGUACCGCGGCAUCCAAGCCGGCGACUCGCUGGACUUUUUGCCCGAGACCGCGCAUAUCCGCAACAACCUGACAUGGCGCGCGGCCGCCCCUGCUCCCGGCCUGGUCGACCGCCGUGUCGAGAUCACCGGCCCGGUUGACCGCAAGAUGGUUAUCAAUGCGCUGAACUCGGCCGCCCGCACGUUCAUGGCUGAUUUCGAGGACUCGAGCUCGCCGACUUGGUUCAAUCUCGUUGACGGCCAGAUCAACAUGCGCGAUGCUGUGCGCCGCACCAUUGCCUUCACGAAUGCCCAGGGCAAGGAGUAUAAGCUGCGCACGGAUGGCAAGCUCGCCACUUUGAUCGUCCGUCCUCGCGGCUGGCACAUGGAGGAGGCGCACUUGCUCGUCGACGGCGAGCGCUGCUCGGCCUCGAUCUUUGACUUUGCGCUGUACUUCUUCCACAACGCCAAGGCCUCGGUCGCCGCUGGCUUCGGGCCGUACUUUUAUCUGCCGAAGAUGGAGCACUACCUUGAGGCGCGCCUAUGGAACGACAUCUUCAACGUCGCCCAGGACGAGCUGGCCGUCCCGCGCGGCACCAUCCGCGCCACGGUGCUCAUUGAGACUAUCGUCGCCGCAUUCCAGAUGGACGAGAUUAUCUAUGAGCUGCGCGACCACUCGUCGGGCCUCAACUGCGGCAGAUGGGACUACAUCUUUUCGGUCAUCAAGAAGUUCCGCCACGACCCGCGCUUCAUCCUGCCCGACCGCGCGGAUGUGACCAUGAAGUCGCCCUUCAUGGAUGCCUACGUGCGACUUUUGAUCAAAACCUGCCACCUGCGCGGCGUCCACGCCAUGGGCGGCAUGGCAGCCCAGAUUCCGAUCAAGAACGACGCCGUGGCCAAUCAGGCUGCCAUGGACAAGGUGCGUGCGGACAAGCGCCGUGAGGUUCUGGCCGGCCACGACGGCACUUGGGUUGCGCACCCGGCGCUGGUGACCAUUGCCCUGGAGGAGUUUGACCAGAAUAUGGCGUCGUCCAACCAGUUCCACAUCCGCCGCGAGGAGGUGCAGGUUCAGGCCGCUGAUCUGCUCAACACCAACAUCGAGGGCGGCAAGAUCACUGAGGCUGGCGUCCGCGGCAACAUCUCGGUCGGCCUCAUCUACAUGGCCAACUGGCUGAACGGCAGCGGCUGUGUGCCCAUCCACAACCUCAUGGAGGAUGCCGCCACUGCGGAGAUUUCCCGGAGUCAGCUUUACCAGUGGGUCCGCCAUGCUGCUCGCACCGCCGACGGCACGGUUAUUACUCCCGAGUAUGCCGCCAAGGUCCUGCACGAGGAGGCCGCCAAGCUCGAUGCCAAGACCCAUCCCACACUUGAUCUGGCCGUCAAGUUCAUGGGCUCCCAAAUGACCGGCACCCGCUACGAUGAUUUUUUGACGACGCUGUGCUACGACUCCAUCGUCAAGGUUGACGGCUCUCCUUCCAAGCUUUAA